AUGCACACUGAUGGUUUCGAUGCCGGGCCGAGCCGCAUGGUUGCUCUUGGCAACUUCUCCCGCGGCCGGCUCUGGCUUCAUGCGUCCAAGAACAACACCUGGAGCCUCGUGAACGUCCAGAACACGUGGAUCGCCUUCGAUGGCCGCGAGUUCCAUCGCACGGAGGAGUGGCAGGGCCUCGAGAGGUACAGCCUGGUCUUCUUCACAAACCACUUGUGGGACCAGCUUGGUUUCGAGGGCCAGGAUCAGCUGAAGGAGCUAGGCUUCCCCUGGCCUGAGACGGAGGAUGUCUUCCGGGAGGAGAUCCCCUGGCCCGAUUACCGGCAGCAUGCAGCACGGAGAAGCUGGAGGUGGCUACAAUUGCAGCAAGCUCCGCGGGGUCUCCUGCAGCGCAUCCUCUCCGCAUUCAGGGGUGCAGUGCGCCAGAAAAAUCCCCGCGGUGGGUCAAAAUGGCAACGACACCUCUAA